AUGUGCGACUUCAACCUGAACUUCACCUUCAUUUCUUGUGGCUGGGAGGGAUCUGCUACUGAUGUUAAAGUUCUCCGGUCAGCACUUAACAGUGGGUUUCAUGUAUCUCCGGGCCAAACUGUAGAAGGGGCAUAUAACUUCACCUCUAUCGAGUCAUCACAUUGCUCAACCCAAUCACGUCUCGAGAAUCUUGGAGGAGCUGGCAAGAAUCAAGGAGAAACAUCAGCUGAUGGUGAGAAUCUUGGAGGAGAAAGGGUGCAGAUUGAUGAAGAUGUUGAGGAGGUGUACGUGCAAGAAAACAUUGCUGUGGAGCCCCAGCAAACUCAACCAAAUUUGGCUACUGCACCCUCAAGAAAUGGAGAAGAGAAAGAACCAAAGAGAAGGAGGGGGGCAAAUGGUGAUGUGGCUGCAAUGAUGGAGAAGUACUUGGAAAUAAGGACGAAGCAGGUGGAGGAUGAGAGGAAUAAGCCAAGGUUCGUGGAUGAGUACUCUAUCAAAAACUGCAUUGAUCUACUGAAAACAAUGGACAUCACACCUGAAGAAGAAGUCAAGGCUUUCCGAGUCUUCAAGAUCCCUGAGAACCGAAAGAUUUUCAUGAGUGCCAGACCGGAGACUGCUCUUAUGUGGCUGAGAGCUGAAAUGGAAUAA